AUGAGCGAUAAAGAGCCACUAUUAAAGAAACGUAACAAAUUACUUAAUGACAAUGAUAGCCACAAUGAAAACAAAAGUUUUUCUGAGUGGCGUCAAUAUUUCAAUCAGCAAAAGACUGAUGCUAGGAAUAAAAAGUUAAACGAUGAGAUCAACCAAACUACUAAAGAUAUUCCAGUCGGUGUUUUACGAUUAUUUCGAUUUGCUGAUCGUAUUGAUCUUUUUCUUUUAAUUAUUGCUCUAUCUCUCAUAUUGGGGCAUGCAGCUUGUCUUCUCGCAAAAGUAAUUCUUUUUGGUCGAAUCACGGGAUUAUUUGCCACUACAUCAUUUUCUGUGGAUUGUCAUAAUCAAUAUGAAAAUUUCGCAUCUACAAUUAUUAAUAAUAGUGUAUGUCCUCUUGGUAUUGAUCUUAAUUCAUUAAAUUCUGAUCGAUUAUAUAAACUAUGCCAUUAUCAUAAUAAAACAAUUUCAUCGACAUUAGCUCCAUUAACGCCUUUAUUUCGACAAAAUGUUAUGCAUCUAGUUUAUUUGUUCUUCGUAAUUGGACAUAUUCAAAUGAUGAUUUUUAGUAUAAUUAUAUCUUUUAUUUUCAACUGGCAAUUAUCUUUAAUUAUGUCUUGUAUAAUCCCGAUUGUUGUUGUUAGUUCAAUGAUGUUUGCUAAGCUCAUUACUAAAGAAACAGAAGAACAAUUAAAUACAUACUCAAGAGCUGGACAAAUUGCUCAAGAAGUAUUUAGUUCAUUAAGAACUGUUCUUUCAUUUAAUGGAAGCAAAUCGCAACAAAAACAAUAUGAAAAGGAAUUAAAAUUAAACGAAUGGUAUACUGUUCGCAAAGAUGCUGCAUUUGGUGUUUAUUAUAGUUGGUUACUUUUUAUAAACUUUCUAGUUUAUUCAAUUGGUUUCACUUUUGGUUCUAUUCUUAUGUCUGAUAAAACUCGUCAUACAGUGACUAUUAGUGAGAUUCUUAUUGUUGUAAAUAUGUUUGCACAAGCGUUAGUUUAUCUUAAUACAAUUGGUCCUUUCUUCCAAUCAAUUUCGGAAGCUCAAGGUGCAGCUGUAUCCGUAUUUCGACUUAUUGAUGAGGCACAUGAUGCAAAUAUCAACGAGAGAGAAAUAUUGGAAGAGAACAUAUCUGAUGAAAGAUCUAUUUCUAAUAUUAAUGGUGAUAUUGAAUUUGACAAUGUUAGUUUUUCUUAUCCAUCUAGAGAAAAUGUAACAGCUUUGAAUAAUCUUAAAUUGAUUGCUCGUGCUAAACAAACAACUGCCCUUGUAGGUUCAAGUGGUUGUGGAAAAAGUACAUGUGUAUCACUUCUUCUUCGUUAUUAUGAACCUUCCUCAGGUAGAAUUUUGAUUGAUGGCCAAUCAAUUACAAAUCAUAAAAUCAAACAAUUUCGUCAAAAUAUCGGAGUUGUCAGUCAAGAACCUAUUCUAUUUGGAAUGAGUAUUUAUGAAAAUAUUCGUUUUGGUAAAUUGAAUGCAACACGUGCAGAGAUUGAGCAAGCAGCAGAACAAGCUAAUGCACAUAAAUUCAUUAUGAAAUUACCAAAGAAAUAUGAAACACUUGUUGGUGAACGUGGUAUACAAUUGAGUGGUGGUGAAAAACAACGUAUUGCAUUAGCUCGUGCACUUGUCAAACAACCCAACAUUCUUUUGUUAGAUGAAGCAACAAGUGCACUUGAUAAUGUUAGUGAAAGAAUUGUUCAAGAAGCACUUGAUCGAGCAUGUAAAAAUCGUACAACUAUUGUUAUUGCCCAUCGUUUGACUACGAUUCAAAAUGCUGAUUAUAUCUGUGUAUUAGAUAAAGGAAGUGUAAUUGAAGAAGGUACACAUGAAACAUUAUCGGCAAAAGAAGGAGGUAGAUAUCAAACAAUGAUCAAAAUGCAACAAUCUGAAAAUACAUUUCAUAGACAAGAGAGUCUGAUGCAAAUGGAAAAAGCAGCAGCUGAAGAUGAAGAACUAUUAUUGGAACGCGUUCGUCUAUUGAGUGAGAGCGAAGCAAUUGAUAUAAAUCGGAGAGCUUCGAUGUCAGCAAGAGGAAAAUCUGUUUUUUUUAGACUCUUGAAGAUGAAUAGUCCUGAAUGGAUGCUUAUCCUGAUUGCUUGUUUGGCAUGCUUACUUGGUGGAUUACGUGGAUCAGCGUUCUCGAUUCUAUUCGCAAAAAUAAUUAAUGAAUUUAAUGAUUGUAAAUACACUGAUGUACGUCGUCGAGUGUUGAUUACAAGUGGUUUAUUAAUUAUUACCGGCGCUGUUUUUAUGACUCUUCGUUUUUUCCAAUUUGUGACUUUUGGAGUCGCAGGAGCGAAAUUAGUUAGUCGCAUUCGUUCAAAAGCAUUCGCAUGUUUUCUUCGUCAAGAAGUAGCUUAUUUUGAUCGACCUGAAAACAGUUCUGGUGCUAUAUGUAAUCAACUCUCUUCUAAUGCAGCUGCUAUUGAAGACAUGGCUGGUUCAAGAUUAGGUGUUAUCUGUCAAGCUUUAUCCAUGUCUACUUUUGGCUUCUUACUUGGCCUUUAUUACAACUGGCAAUUAACAAUAAUCAUAGCUAUUCCUUUCGUUAUCAUGAUGAUCGUCACUAUUAUACAAAUACGGUUGAGUUCAUGGUUAAAAACACAAUCUGAUCUCAUUUACUCUCAAGCUAGCACGGUAAAAUCAUCUUGUUAUUCAUAA